GACGUAGAGUCACGCGACUAGUGGAAAACGCAUAAGAACGCGGGACUGCUCACGGGAGUCUUCACAAUGGAGUUGUAUUUUUGUUCGUCUUGAUCAGCCGAAAGCUUUUGCUCUGAUUUUCUGUACUUCUAGUGACAUAAUCUCAAAGUAGGCCUGAAUUGCAAGGAUGUCAAGUAGCGGAGAGUCUCUUCAUAAAGAAAAAUUUAGAUUUGCGAUCGAUCGAGGAGGAACUUUCACGGACGUUUAUUCAGAAUGUCCAAACGGAGAAGUAAGAGUAAUGAAACUGCUUUCUGUAGAUCCUGCAUAUCCUGAUGCACCGAGAGAAGGAAUAAGAAGAAUUCUGGAACAGGUAAAUCGUAAUGUGAUGCUAAUUUAUUAGUCUAAAAGUGAAGAAGGCCCGCCCGCGAUAUUAGUGAGCGUCCGUCCUUGACAGGAAAAUUGAAUUUUAACAGAAGGCACUUGAUAUUAAAUAAUUGUGACCACAACUCUCACAGUAAGUUAUAUCCGAAUAAAAGAAAGUCAAAGGAAUAUUAAAAUGGUGUUUGUGAAAAAAAAGUUUUAACCCAACUCAUACAUAUGUUGAUUUAUUUAUAAGAUUCUUCUUGUUGAAUGAUGGGCACUGGGUUGGCCGAGCGUGCGCACCUCAAUUAUUAUAUUCUACGCAGACCACGACGACUCCCAGUACAUCAUUCCGGAAGUAUAAAGCCUUAACCAGAUUAGUGAUAAAUGUGUGGUUUAAAUAAAGUGUGUGACCAGAAGUGUCACAACACCCUCAAUAGUUGGUGCAACAUUUUUAAAAUAUGAUUGUAAACUGCACGGGAGGGAAGGGUGAGACUCAUACAGUCUCUGCCUCAAGAAUACCCUAUCAAAGUACCACAGGCUGCCCAGACGUAGUAUGUGUUACUGAAUGAAUAUAUUAAUAUCCACAUGGACAAAUUAAUGCGAUGAGUCGUCGAAACUCCCAUGGACUAAAAUAGUCUAAAAGUCAAAAUAUAACAAAACAAAGCUAAGAUACCUUCAACUGAACGUAUCCUUGUCUUUCCUGGCCGGUUUAAGUGGCAUUUUGUUGAGUUUUGAAAUUGUAGGUACUAUCCACUAAAGAAGAAUUAAAGGCUGGCUACAAAACAAACAGACCAUCUCCACGCGCCUUCACACGAAGCGCUAUAAAUUCGAGAAUAAUCGACGAAUCCGCUCCAAAUAACCAUCGGCUAAUCUGCAGGUAACGUGUGCUCCUGCUUCUGGCUCGCUUGCUCCACAAAACCCAUCACAACUGCACAAUAAUUGCUCGCUCAUCAACAACCACUGUUGACCUUUACGCUUCGAUAUGACCGCAAACGACCAGGUUUAAUACGCGACGUGAAUAUUCAAGCUUAGCGACCGCGUUCGCGCAACAAUGCAGCACUUGCUAUGGGAGGGAUGGUACUAUUGCUUCCAGGUCAAUCGACUGACCGAAGGUUCGCUGCGUUAGUUUUGACCAGAAAACAAAAGGCGAUCGCGGGACCGUCCGUAAGUUUUCAACAGGGCAGCCCUGGUUUUCAUGUUCGAAUUCUUCUAACGUUCGCUGUCUCAGCUGCUGUCACAUUGUUCGUCCAGCCGCUUGCAUAGGUUCUUGACUCUACCAGACUUAUUUGCUUAGAUUAACAACGUCUUACUCCAUAAUAUGUUGUCCAAACUGGUGAAGGAGGACGAGAAUUUUCCGCCCAGGAAAAAGGCAAAAUCUGGCCCCCGCUAUGCAGCUGAAUAGAAGAUACAGCUGAAGAUAUCGUAAGGUAAAAUUUAUGUGCGCGAUAUCUUUUUUUAUUAUUAUUAUUAUUCUCAAAACUCAGGGGCACCCAACGAUGAUUUCCCCCUAAAUGCAUCGAAAACACAUUUAAGGCUGUCCAGGGUACUUUUGAUCGAAAAAUGUAUUCUAAACAGCGCUUACAUAAAUUUAGUCAGGAGGGCUAAAAGCGAAGCUAAUGAUUUAUAGUUUGCUCAUACUAAAUAUAAAAUAUAUCGUGUAAUGCUAAGCGGAGAAGGCAACGAGACAGGGCCACCCAACGACUGUUUCCUCAAAUACUUUCAAUUGAAAACACUUCUGUAGCUAUUCAUAAAGUACUUUUAGCUCUAUAGAAAUGCAUUCUAAGUGGCGCUAUAAAAUUUGCAUCUCAGUGUUCGGCCAUUCUAGAGGAACUUGAGUCUUUUCGAAAUUACGAGGAAUUCAGAAUUAUUUUCCCGAAAAUUUUAGAUGCAAUUUAACGUAUUACGAAGGAGAUAAUUUUUCAGAUACCUUCUUUCAUCACAUUUUUGAAUCCGAAAAUUUUAGGAUUCCAUUUUACUCUCUAAGAAAAAUAGCCUAACCCGGUGAGUGAAAUGUGAAAAAUUAAAAGUUGGAUGCCCUUGACCAGAACUGUGAAAAACAACAAUAGGUCUAAUUGCAGCACACUUUCUUGUACAUUUCCUUGCCGUUGAUUUGCAUGACUGCAACGUGAAACGUCCAGAAAACUUCCUGGUUUUCACUUUUUAUGGAGAAAAUGUGGUACAUGUUCUUAUUCACUUUUUCCACUGCCGCUCAUUUUUUUUAGCUCCGCUAUAAGAUUCGUAUCUGUUCGGUGCUCCUUGGGCAAAUUGGAUCUUUUUAAAAAAUGACAAGGGCAUCAAUAUUAUUUUCCCGAUUGAUUGACCUGGAAGCAAUAGUACCAUCCCUCCCAUAGCAAGUGCUGCAUUGUUGCGCGAACGCGGUCGCUAAGCUUGAAUAUUCACGUCGCGUAUUAAACCUGGUCGUAUGCGGUCAUAUCGAAGCGUAAAGGUCAACAGUGGUUGUUGAUGAGCGAGCAAUUAUUGUGCAGUUGUGAUGGGUUUUGUGGAGCAAGCGAGCCAGAAGCAGGAGCACACGUUACCUGCAGAUUAGCCGAUGGUUAUUUGGAGCGGAUUCGUCGAUUAUUCUCGAAUUUAUAGCGCUUCGUGUGAAGGCGCGUGGAGAUGGUCUGUUUGUUUUGUAGCCAGCCUUUAAUUCUUCUUUAGUGGAUAGUACCUACAAUUUCAAAACUCAACAAAAUGCCACUUAAACCGGCCAGGAAAGACAAGGAUACGUUCAGUUGAAGGUAUCUUAGCUUUGCUUUGUUAUAUUUUGACUUUUAGACUAUUUUAGUCCAUGGGAGUUUCGACGACUCAUCGCAUUAAUUUGUCCAUGUGGAUAUUAAUAUAUUCAUUCAGUAACACAUACUACGUCUGGGCAGCCUGUGAAAGUACCACUUGACAGAGAAGGUACUCCUAUCAUAUACUAUCAAUUGUCAAAUGGUUACCCCUUCACACACCCAAAAAAAAACACAGGAUCCUAUUUACCUGCUGUAACUUGUCCAUCUCUUUAAUGUGAAUUAGUUGACUUUUGGGCAAAGCCUUCUGAUAUACCCUGUACACUGUUAUAGAGAGUAAGCCCAGUGGUGGAUCCUGGUGAGGGGCCCGGGGGACCCGUUAUUUUUGGAUCAAACCGAGGUCCGAAGUGCCAAAAAAAUUUUGGGGGGGAGACUGGGUCCCCCUUCACUAAGGGUCUGGAUGACCGCCCUCUCCCACUCCCCCCCUUAUCUCAAGGUCUGGAUUCAGCACUGAAGCCCCCCAUCCCCAAGGCCCACUGACUUGCCUAAAAUGUAUGGUUGUGCCAAUGGCUGUUCUCUAUUUCAGCGGGGAAUGUUUUUGGGAACAACCCUGAGGAAGUUGUGGGUAUCAGAGCAAGAUUUUCACUAAGGUCAAUUUUCCAAUGAAAGUUACCUUCCUCUGGCAUUUUAAAGAAAUCGUGCUUAUUAAUAAUUUUUAGUUACAAUACAUGUAGGUGUUACAGUCAAACCUGGAAAACUGUGUACAAAUAAAAUAUCUCUGGAGUGUUACAUUUAUUGUGUUGCAAAAAAAAGCCAAUCAGGUGUGGGAAACUAAACCACAAGCAAGAACAACAACAACAACAACAACAACAACAACUUUAUUUUUACCAUACAGUGAUUUACGUGAUACAAAAAAAAAUUACUAUAAAAUGUGAAGAGAGUACAGGCUGCCCAUAAUAAUUAUUGAGGACUAAAAAGAUAGGGCACCCUUACUUGGAUUAUUAAUAAAUGAUUAUAUUAAGGGUUAGGUACCAUCUUGCCUGACUGAUCACUUACUCACCCCAUUGAUUAGUUUGUGGUUUUGUGGCAAGCUCACAUGUCUUGAUCUUUUCUGUGACUGGUCAUUACAAAAGCAACAUUCCUGAAAUAUUUCAAGUGUUCAUGGUUUUGCUGGUUUGAUUGUCAGUUGUCUGUGUCUGCGAUAAAUGUUGUGAUGUGUUGUACAUGGAACAUGGUUCCUCAUGGGUAGGUGGAGCGUGGAUGUUGAGGGAACAAUUUUGCACAAACGAAGACCCCAAAGAGUUCUGUGAUUAUAAUUUAUAUUAUGUCAAUUAAUUUUCCAAGGUGACUGGGGUAAAGAUGCCGGCAGAUGAGCAAAUAGAUCCUAAAUACAUUGACUGGAUCAGAAUGGGUACUACUGUUGCCACUAACGCUUUGUUGGAACGGAAAGGAGAAAGAAUGGCGCUGGUUAUUACUGAAGGAUUUCAUGAUCUUCUCCACAUUGGAAAUCAGACAAGACCAAAUAUAUUUGACCUAGUGAGUGAGCUAAUUGAGACCGUAAUAGUUUAUUACUUAGUUACACUUCACUCUUAAUGAAUAUCUUUAAAAGAGGGAUCUACACCUCCUUAGAACAGACACCUUGGAAUAGUUCCUGGCAUUUGUCAGUUUAUUAAAUCCAUAACUCUUUCUGGGCACCUCUUUUAAUGUUACAUGGACACUUUACAUCCUCCUGGUUUAUUUCCAUUGUCUUUCUGCCUCUGGGUAAAACAUUCUUCCUCUGUUUUUUUGUGUCUUUCUUUCUACUUUCAUUGAAAUGUUGAUGUACUGUCCAGGUGUUCAUGGAAUGUUUUUGUGUCUUUGUAUACCUGGCAUUAUCUUAGAGUUAGUGCCCCCAAAAUAUUCCUGGUUUCUGUUCUAUUUCAGCUUACCUUGCACAGGGGGUGGCAAUGUUUAUCCUAGAUUUUAGGAUAAUCAGUCAAUUAUUGAUUGAUUCUUUCCACUCUAUAGGUAGACUGUCCAGCUCCAGCUGCAUACAUUAGAUGCAUGCAUCUUGACAAUAUUAAAUACGUGUAAAGUAGGCAGCGACUCUACCAAACCAUUUUGGGCGUGCUGGUAUGAUGGAGUAAGACCCCUAUUAUUGCAAACUAUUUUGUGGCAUACACUGUAGGUGAUUGCGGAAUGAUAUUUGAAUAAAAUGUUUUGCAGAAAGUAAUAUGUCCAGAGGUGUUA